AACAUAUGAAUUUAAAAAAACAAAAUAAUAAAAUUGAAAUAUCGGAAUAUCGAAAACCUACCCAUACUGACACAACAAUACAUAAAAAUUCUUGCCACCCCAUACAACAUAAACAUUCUGCGUUUAAAAGUAUGAUCGAUAGAUUGUGCAAAUUACCUUUAAACAAAAACAACUUUAAUAUACAAUUAGCCAUUAUAAAACAAAUAGCGUUUAGUAACGAUUUAUUCCUAAAAAGUGGGGUAUAUAAAUUAACUUACAAUAAAUGUAAUUCUAUCUACAUAGGCCAAACUGGGCGAACGUUUAAAGAUCGAAUCAAUGAACAUU